UUCCCUGCCUAUUAUCUCUCAUAGCGGUGUCCGAGUUCGUAACUUUUAUUCCUAUUUUUCAAGGGAUGACUUUCUUUUGUGCAAAUAGAAUGUUUCAAGGUCGCCAUUUAAUCGGAAUUCAAACAAACCAUGAGUAGCGUUUCAUGCUUUCUUAAAGAGGUGGAAGAGAUUGAUAUUUUUGCCUACGGUGAGCAAUCGAGCAGACCUAUACGGUACGCGGGGUAGUACAGACUGGUGACUGGCCUACAAAGGUAGAAAUUCGGUUUUCCUGAGGAGUACGACGCGAAACCAUGCCGACGCAACAAGUGAAAGUAAAACCAGCCGGUAAUGACGCCUCAGGAAAGCCGCCAUUGGCGACGCGGAACAGCAAGGUAUUCACCGUCUCGCAACCGCCGCGAAAAGAAUCCUUCAUCGGCAACGACAUCGAAAAAGGGAAGGAUAAGGUGGUCGAACUGGUCAAUGGGAAGCUGAAUAGGAAUCCGAAGGUGAACGGCGCGGUCAACGCGAAGGACAAUGACGAUGUGUCGUCGUCAUCGCCGAGGCCUUUUAAUCGUUUCAUGUACCGUGAUCGCAUGUCAUGGAUCGCAGUUCUCUACACGUCGAUCCCGGAGGCGAUCGGGCUGUCCGGCAUCAAAUACGCCAUCAAUGUCGGCGAGAACAAACUCAGGAGAUUGUUCUGGAUCCUGUUGAUCCUGGCUGGCUUUGGUUUGACGUGUUUUCAGAUCGUCGACAGAAUUGCAUUUUAUCUUAAAUAUCCAACGAAUAUCAACAUCGCUAUCAACUACACCGAUGAGCUUCCAUUGCCAGCUAUAGCCAUAUGCAAUGUCAACCCCUACAGGAAGCAGCUAGUAGAAGGUACUCCGUUCGGGAACAUGGUCGCUCAAUUUGCAUGGGAUCCGUUUUCAUUCGACAUCACUUCGUACGAAGCAGCUCUGAAUGGAACCAACAUGACUCAGCUUUUACUCGACCUCAAGCAUCCGUUAAAUGAAACAGUAUUGCAAGUAAAACUUGGGCUCGAGUACGUGUCUGUUUCGAACUUUGCAACGAGAUUCACCGAUUAUGGAAUAUGUUACACGUUUAAUUCAGGAGAAGACGGUCAGCCGCCAAUUUAUAUUAAAGCCUCGGGUCCUUCGUUUGGCCUAUCAAUCAUCAUGCACACUAAACAGGAAUGGUAUUUCUUUGAGGAAAGAAAUCGCUACUCAGCUGGCUUCCACGUCAUCCUAUACGACCGCGGUACCGAACCCGUGGAGGACCUCGGGUUUUCAAUCAAACCGGGUACAGCGACACAGGUGGCACUUAACAUGAGAGAGGUCAAUAACAUACACCCACCUCACGGUGAAUGUGAGGAUAAGGAGCUGGUCAACUAUCCCUACUACGCCCUACCAGAGUGCUACAACGAGUGUAUGUCAAACUACAUCUCCACCAGGUGUGGGUGUAAACCUCCAGCCUUACUAGGAGGCGCUCCGGACUGUGAUCCUAUUCAAUAUUUUGGAUGUGGAGCUUUGGCGUAUGGUCAAUUUUUAGAGCAGCGAAGCAGUGCCUGUGAUUGCCCCACGCCUUGUUUCCAACGUAAAUAUGAUCGCGAGAUGUCCUACAGUAGUUUCCCGUCUAACUACUGGGCAGAUCUUCUUGCUAACGCCUACUUCAAAGACCAAAACGUAACAGCCGGAUAUUUCACUCAAAAUCUUGCUUAUAUCAACGUGUUCUUCAAAGAUUUGACGAUCGAAAAGGUUGAUCAAAUCAAAGCUUACGAGUUUUUUAGUCUUAUGUGUGAUAUCGGGGGGUCUUUGGGUCUCUGGCUUGGUGGCAGUAUCUUGACAAUCUUCGAGUUCGUCGAUCUCUUUGGUCAUUCAAUCUACGUCUACUCAAGAAAAGCGCGCUAAAAAUCUGGACCACUUUAAUCCUAAUCCUAUACGUCACAAAGCUUUGCCAUGACUACGAGCUUGGAGAUGCUCCGACGACUGUUCCGGCGACAAUUAUUGCUCCGGACUUUAUUUCACCAAAAUUAUGUAGGGUUGGGUUUAGGGUCAGGGUUGAUUAGGGUUGCGUAUUGGUUGUAGGAUAGGUUUUGGGCUGGGGUGAGAGUUAGGUAUUGCGUUGGGUCCAGGUUGAAGCUAUGAAUUUGGGAUAAAGAACUCGGAUCGAGCAAUGGUCGUCGGACCGUGUGUCGAUACAGCCACGUUAAAGUUAUGGUUUACUGUAACCGGCGUAUUAUCUCAAUCUUUGAACGAUGAAAUUCAUUAUUGUUUGCCAUUGUGCCCCUUAAUGCAGGCGCCGCGGAAGUGGGGGUGUUCCUAGUUAUGUAGGCAAAAUGGCUGUAGAAAACUACUUGAGUCUAUAUGGGCACUAUCCAUUAUUUUGUUUUAAAAAUAAUGAGAUUGCCCCGAGCUCCCUAAGCCCCUUCUUCUACAGGCCCGAAACUAGCUCAGGUGUUUUUGUAAUCCUUACCCGUCUUUUUUAAUGUUUAUAUGUUUAUAUGUGAUUUACCACGUACCUGCUAUUAAUGUUCCUUAAUUGUUUCGGUGCAAAAUUGUAUGUAAUGUCGCCUCAAUAGUCGGGUAGUCGUUGCAAACCCCAUUUAAACUAACUUCGAGAUAGAGGACAUUUUUUCCCACUUGUAGCUAAUUAUAGUGGCAUUUUUUCCGAUUCGGGUUUGGGGGAUUUUCCACAAGACCGGUCAUUAUGUUGGUUUGAGGGCCGUUUAACUUGUGAUCAAAGAGCCGGGUAAUAAGAUAAAAAGAAAGCAAGCCUAACGGAUAGAAAUAUUAGAGAAGAAUUUAAUAGCUAAUUUUAAUUUUAUUUUAU